UGCUCUGCUGUGCGCCGCCGCCCCGCCGCCGUGACCCGCAGAGAGCCCGCGGUGACAGCUUCUUCCGCCGCUGCCGCCGCUGGCUCCGCACUCAGCCCCGACGCCUCUGGCCCUUUGCUCAGGGGAACCCAGAGCGCCCAACCCAGAUCAUGGAGAAACAGCAGAUGCUGGAUGGAGACCCCCGCCCCAUGUGCACGAGUGAGGGCCAGAGCAGGCCUGAAGUGCGUGUGGCCCGCUGGUGGGCAGGGGAACCAGGGCCUGUGGAUGGCAGGACGAGGUCUCCUCCCCGGAAGCGGCCCAGGCCCCACUGUCCUCCCCACCCAAAGCCGCUCAGGCUCCAGCGGCAGCUGCUCAUUCCCACCCUGGAUCACGGUGUCCACCUCCAAACAGCCAGGCCCAGGGACCUGGAGCGCAGGGAGGCCGAGCCCAAGGCACCAGCCCAGGAGGUAGAGCGAGCUGCUGCUGCUUUACCAGCAGCCAAACAUCACAAGGGGUCCCAGACGGGGACUGACCUGGAUGCAACUACAUCCCCAGAGGUCACGUCACCUUGGAAACCUGCUCCAGCUGCACCUCUGAAGCCUCCUGUGGCCCAUACAGCAACUCCCUCCCCAACUCAGACCCCAGGGCCCCUGUCCUGGUUACUUGCUCCCCCAUGCCCACCAGAAUUACUGUUACCCUUCUACAUGGUUAUCUUUUCAUUUCUUAUAGCUUUUAUAUUUUUCUUUUAUGCACUGUAUGAUAGUGAACCUGAUAUUAUCACUGCUGCUAUUCUUGCCAUCACAUGCAAGGAAUGUCGAGUUGCCAUGACUUUAACGUAG